CGCUACGGUAGUGGGGCUAGCUCCUUCCGAGUGGGUCUGCAGCCGCCAUGGGGAAGGUAAAUGUGGCCAAGCUGCGUUACCUGAGUCAGGAUGACUUCAGGGUCCUAACUGCGGUUGAAAUGGGCAUGAAGAACCAUGAAAUAGUUCCCUGCAGUUUGAUUGCUUCUAUUGCAAGCCUGAAACAUGGUGGCUGUAAUAAAAUCUUACGAGAAUUAGUAAAACAUAAACUGAUAGCUUGGGAACGUACCAAAACUGUCCAGGGAUAUCGGUUGACAAACGCUGGCUAUGAUUACCUAGCUUUGAAAACACUUUCUUCUAGACAGGUCGUCGAGUCUGUUGGAAACCAGAUGGGUGUUGGCAAAGAAUCAGAUAUCUACAUUGUUGCAAAUGAAGAAGGACAGCAGUUUGCAUUAAAGCUUCACAGACUAGGAAGAACCUCCUUCCGAAAUCUAAAAAACAAACGUGAUUACCAUAAGCACAGGCAUAGUGUUUCUUGGCUUUAUUUAUCUCGUCUCUCUGCAAUGAAGGAAUUUGCUUAUAUGAAGGCAUUACAUGAUAGAAAAUUUCCAGUUCCAAAGCCUGUUGAUUACAAUCGCCACGCAGUGGUCAUGGAGCUCUUAACUGGUUACCCGCUAUGUCAGAUACACCAUGUUGAAGAUCCUGCAUCAGUAUAUGACGAAGCCAUGGAACUAAUUGUCAAACUUGCAAAUCAUGGGUUGAUUCAUGGAGAUUUCAAUGAAUUCAAUCUCAUACUGAAUGAAGAUGACCACAUCACCAUGAUUGAUUUUCCACAGAUGGUUUCAACUUCUCAUCCCAAUGCUGAAUGGUAUUUUGACAGAGAUGUUAAAUGCAUCAGAGAUUUCUUCAUGAGACGUUUUGCCUAUGAGAGUGAGCUUUAUCCAGCCUUUAGUGAUAUCAGGAGGGAGGAUUCUCUGGAUGUCGAGGUUUCUGCCAGUGGCUACACAAAGGAAAUGCAGGCAGAUGAUGAACUCCUACAUCCAGUCGGUCCAGACGAUGCAAGUACUGAGAGAGAGGAGGAAGCUGCUUUCUCCUUUUCUGAUGUUGAGCUGUCGGAAAAAGCAAACAUUUGUAGGUCAGAAAUUGAAAGUGAACAGAGUGCUGCAGAUGACUCAGGAGGCCGCUGCUGCAGCUCAUCUGGAGAUGGUGAGCCAAUAGAAGACAGUUCAGAAGAAAGUGCCCACGCACACAGCUUGGCAAUGGCUGAUUUCAGUCAGCCCUCAGAGGAGAUAAAAGGGCAUAUUUUUGAAAACAGCUGUACAACUGAGUUUUCUGAGAAUGGAACUGAGAAGGACUCCAUGCGGGAAUGCCAGACAGGUGGAGGAGGAAUCCGUGCUGCCUCCGAGGAAGAUGAAGAUGACUGCCCUCGUCUUGUUAACCUGUCGCUGAAGGAAGACUUCAGGCCUUUCAGAGAUGAAGAAAAUGUGGAAAAUAUCACGCAGUCUAGAGCAAGAACUCUGAGUGUUACUUCUGCAGGCAGUGUUGUAAGCUGUUCAACAAUUCCUCCAGAAUUAAUAAAACAGAAGGUGAAACGUCAGUUGACAAAACAGCAAAAGUCAGCUAUCAGACGUCGACUACAGAAAGGAGAAGCAAACAUAUUUACUAAGCAACGGAGAGAACACAUGCAAAAUAUUAAAUCAAGUUUAGAAGCAUCCAGCUUUUGGGGAGAGUAAUACAUUAAGAUAUUGGCUAUUUCUAUUCUGUAUUUUUUCAAGUUACUAUAACUAUUUUCAGUGUCCUUGGUCUUUUUUGGACCAAGGCCAGUAUGUAAGUGUGUAAAUAAAGCCAUCUUUGUAAACUUGA